CAUCACAAUUUUAUGUGUGCGGAUUUUUUUUGUUUUUGUAGUGAUAUUUUUUUUUUGCAAUAAUUAAUACGCGCGCGCCACAUUCGGUCCAUUUGUCUGACGUAAUAUUAUGCGAAGAAGUGUUCGGCCCAUUCACGCAAUUUAGGCUUAGAACGCGAUAACGAGUACAUACAUACAUAGUUGCUAAAUUUCCGAUAACAAUCGAACAUGGACGAUGUAGAGAGAGUGGAGGGGCGCAAAAGCAUCGCUCUGUUCCGCAAGAGCAUCUACGGCGGUGAUGAAGUCGAAUUCGCCGAUAUUUUUCAAUUCGAUAUUGAUGAAGACGAUCAUAAGAAAAUAUUACAAGUGAUGAGGGACUCACUGCAGCGCUUACCUGAUAGCUUUCGAAGCAAUAUUUUGGACCGAUUCAUAGAGGAACAUCCCGAGUUAAACUGGAAGAUUGAGGAAACUGGAGAGAAAGACGAAGAUCAAGACAACAUAGAGGACAUUUUGAAAACAUUUCGUUUUGAUAGCUUAAUUCCCUCGCGUUGGGUGGAAGUUCACGAGACAUUUGACAAAAAACUGCGCCCGUUUUCAAGCGCUUUUAUGAUCAGAGAUUCCGAAAAGUUUUGGGCCAUAAUUCAAGCGACUAAGGUAGCACAUUUCGAGCCGGUACGCACGUAUGCGGUUGAAAAAUUAGCCAACGACAUUAACAAUUCCCUGUACAUGAUCUUUAAAAUGAAUCUAUGCAAAGAUGAGGACUUCAAACUGGGGGACUUUGAGCAUUUUCAUGUCUUCAGUUGGACGGACGAUCGAUUUUUUGCCAGAAGACAUAUGAAAGGUAUUGCUUGGGUUGAUAUUUUUAUAAAAUCUUUAACAGAGGAAUGUUUGGACGCAUUCAAAUUGCGCUAUGAUAUUACGGAAUUGGUGCGACUGUUGAAACCGCUGCUAUCAAGCUUCUAUAGCGCAAAUCCUGAGUUCAUAAAAGAAAGCAAAGAAGUGAUUGAAAAUGCACGUCAAUUGCUGGGUUUUCAUGACAAAGUCAUGAAAGAACUGGAAGAGAAUCUCGAAUUUUUCUGUAAUAAAGUCAAUCAAAUCACUAAUAUUUCGCUACACCGUCGAAGUGCGAACCGUGAUGUGGUAAAAAACUACUUCGAACUGGAAACAUUGGCCUACGUUGUUCGUGAUCCCAUCGAGAAACGAUAUCAAAUCAAUUACUACAAGCAAAAGACGGCUGACUGGCAGUGCUACUUUGAAAACCAGGAGCGUCAAAUUGAGGAAAAAUUACUUAAAGUUCAGAAGAAGCAUAACGCCGAAGUAUACUGUCAUGCAUCCAUGAUGCAGUGCAUAUACGGCAUAAUAGAGGACUACAAACGUCGCAUUGAGCAACUGUCUCAAGAAUAUGAUCGUCGUUUCAAUGAACUCGAAGAGAAGAAUCACAAACUUAAAACCAAUAUGGAUAAAAUAAAGAUUCAAACCGACUUUUUAAUGGCCGAAAAGGAUUACAUGCGAAUGCGUAUUGAGGAAAUGCAAAAAGGCAAGGAAGUAAAACUUCCGAAAAGGAAAAAACGCUCGCUCAUUUCGAUGUUAUCAAGUGUCAGCGUAAGAGAUUUGAAGAAGAAACGCUCCAAGUUAAAUUAACUAAAUAACGGUGUAUAUUCAUUUACUUGUACAUAAGUAACGGUAUUGUAUAGCAUAGAAAUUCAAAAAGACUUUCAAGAAAUAUACUAUAGAUACUUGUA